GUGUAUUACACCGUAGAUAACCUGUCAUGGCGGCUGAUAGACGGCUGUUUUAGUAACAUAUUUAAUAGUUUGAUUGCUAUUGAUCCACUGUAAUAAUACCAUGAGUGAAUCCGAGACCAAGUCUGAUCUUGGUACCAGGAGUGUAUCCGAGGCCAAGUCUGACAUUGAUACCAUGAGUAUUUCCUUGGAGACCAAGUCUGACCUUGGUACCAUGAGUGUACUUGACAUUGGUACCAUGAGUAUUUCCUCCGAGACCAAGUCUAACCUUGAUACCAAGAGUGAAUCAGAGUCCAAGUCUGACAUUACAUCUGAAAAGCAUUUAGAUAACUACAUUCAUGAAGCUUCAGUGCAUGAGAAGUCUGAAAGUGAGGCUGUGGUCGAGAAAUCAGAAGUAGUACAUGAUUCUGAUCAAAGUGAAACGAUAAUGGUACAAGAAAAGAAAGAGGAAGUUAAAGCUGAGGUAAUGGAAAAGAAAGAGAAGGUUACCAAAUCAAGUGAAGACAGGACAGAAGAUGAUGGAAGUCUCCGAUUCAGAGCUCAUUUCUGUGAACUUUGCCAACAGAGUUUCACCAGAGCUCAGUCUUUAAGUAGACAUAAUGCUCGGAAACACACAACUUUGAAGGAGCCUAUCAACAGGGUAGAUGUUGGAUCAAAGAGAACAAAGGCCAACAUGGAAGGCGUUAGAGCAAAGAGAAGUAAUACUAGCAUGGUAGAUGGUGGAGCUAAAAGAACUAAGACACGAAAAAUGACAAAAUAUAUUGAAAGCUUUAGUGAAGAAAGUGAUUCUGUUGAAAAUAAUGACACCAUAGAAAAACCUACAGAGAAAAAAACAAGAUCUUUAAAGAUAAGAUUAUCGAGCAAGUUUCAAACAGCUAAGAAUUUCAAAGAUAACUCUGGAGAGAGCAGUGUUGGAAAACUUGAUGAAAAUUCUGGAGGAACUCAACCAAUGCUUGAUGAAGAAAUUGCUGCCAUUCAUGCCUUGAAGGAUUCGUGUGAUAAGUUGGAGAGUGCAGGUCAACAAGUGCUGGUAAUUACAAGCAAUGGAGAUCAUGCACAAUGGUUUGGUUCUAAAUAUGGUGUACAAUUUGCUCAGGAUAAUUCAGAGGUGAUUGGUAGCUUCUUUAAUUACUGUAAAGAAAAAGAGGAGGCAUGGAAACAGGAAAUGAAAAUUACCAUAAAGUCGGAAGGUGAAACAAUAGAUGAUGUAGAGAUGGGUGGUAAUGUAAAUAACACUAAUGGUUUAACAGGUGAUGAUGAAAAAGAUGAUAGUGAUGGUGGAGGGGAUGAUGAUGAUAAUGACAAUGAUGAUUACCAUGAGAAAGUAGAGGAAUAUGAUGAUGAAGAUGAUACUGAUGAAAGGAAUGAUGAUAAUAAACAUGGUAAAAAUGUAUUUAGAUCUGCAGUAGCCAGGUCUAAAGCUGUUCGUGAAAGAAGAGACGGUAUGUUCAAAGACAUAGCUGAAAAUUUGAGCAGAAAUGAAAACAGUAGAGAUGCCUCUAUUGUAGUCAGGAGGAAAAAUGGAGUGAGGAUAGCUCUAUACACUGUUGAAGAUUUGAAUAGGGGACAAUAUAAAUGUGCUUUAUGUGGGUAUAAUUUUCUGUGGAAGUGUCACUUAGAGCUACAUCAAAUAAAAAAUCCGUAUUGUAAUAAAACUAAACAUUUGACAAGAUCUGAAAAUGAUGUAUUGAAGGAAAGUAUUACGUUUACAGAUACUAAGACUGGUGUGGAAGUAACCUCUACUUUUCAGGAACUAUUAGAUUCACAAACAGUAGAUCCAAUAUCUUGUGCAGUAUGCAGUCGGAGCGGCUUUAAAGGUCGCGGAAAGCUCAAAGAGCAUCUAAUUCUGCAUAAUGAAUCGAGCAUAUUUGAAUGCAAUGUAUGUUGUGCAGGAUUUACUACAGUUGGGUUUUUAUCAGCUCAUUUAAAGGAGCACUUCAAGAAGUCUUAUGAAUGCCAUAGCUGUCAUUGGAGAUUUACAACUGGUCAGAAAUUAAAACAGCAUACAGAUGGUGGUUGUAGAUCCGUCUCUCUGAUAAGUUAUGAUGAUAAGAAUGACUUGGAUGCAGGAUUGGACAAUGUAACAUUUAGCUGCAACGUCUGCUUGAGUGAGGUGACUGGUUUGAAGAACUUGCGCAAACAUUUAUCAUCUGAUCAUGACAAACAGUUUGGAAUCAAUGACUGUGUACUGUGUAAUAAGCAGUUUUCGGUGACAAGUCUUUUUAAUCGCCACAUGCUCUGUCACAAGUCCAGGUACUCCUGUCCAUAUUGUCCGAAAACAUUCAGCGAAAAGUCAAACUUGUUUUUCUACCAUCUGAAAUCACAUCGGAAUUUAUCAGAAUUUCCGUAUGUCUGCGACAUAUGUGGUAAGAAGUUCAAGAGCAAGCGCCAUUUUGAUCCACACCGACGUAUUCACACUGGCGAGAGGCCGUAUAAGUGUAAAGUGGAGGGUUGUGGGAAAGCAUUCCGCAGUGCAGAUGGUUUAGAUCAACAUAAAUGGUGCCACGUAAACCAGCAUUUCAUCUGUGAUUUUUGUGGAAGAAAAUUCAAGAAGCCAUCUUUAUUGAACAAUCAUCGACAAACGCACACUCAGGAAUGGCGUUAUCCAUGCAUUUAUUGUGAACUUAAGUUCAGAAAAUUACGACCUUAUAAAAGACAUUUGGCACAAGUUCACCCAACUAAAGUUGAAGAUGUGAAGGAGAGGUUUAAGAUUAUACUUCAUCCGUGUACUGACUGUCCGAAAGUGUUCUUUGACAAGGAAGAUCAUACUGCCCAUAUAAAUAGACAUAGAGGUAUCAGACCUUUCUCCUGUAAAUUCUGUAACAAAACAUUCGGUGAUAAAAGUAACUUGAUGUGUCAUGUGAAAUUACACGAAGGUGGCAAAAAGUUAAAAUGUAAAUUUUGCCCCAGAAGAUUCAACAUAGAGAAGUUUCUCGAAGACCAUGUUGCUAGGCUACAUAAUCCAAAAUCGAAAGUUUCUGAUGAAAAUCGUGAAAGUGAUGAUAACCAUGACGACCAAGAUGAUGAUGACGGUCAGCGACUGACUAUUGCUCUGUCUGAUAAUGAAGAGGACAUUGACCAGUUAAGAGAAUCAACGCUUCAGAUCAUAGACGAAACCAUCCGAAGAAAUGUAUCUUUUGAUUAAUUUUUUUACCUUUUGACUCAUUCUUUCUCUUUAGGUACACUGUAAUUACAGGCCCUGAAUGCUAUGUCAGCCUUAAAGUGUAUAGAGCUAUAUCUUUUUGGCAAAAUAAUUUUCUUUUCAUAAUUUUUACAGUCAAUACUUGAAUUACAACAAAGAAUAUCUCGGUUAUCUAACAUCUUUGAAUUAUUGUUUAUAAACAGAACAAUAUUUCCCAAAUAACAUAUUCAGCUAUUACAGGUGUGUUGGAAAUACCCUCUUUCAAAAAUGCAAACAAUAAUUGUGUAAUCUACA